AUGCACGCUCAGCACGGUUGCUGCUCUCUACACUGCACUAGCAAUCGGCUUGAUCAUAUUGCGGCGAUUAGACAUCGCACUCAAUGGCUUCCAACCGACCAUCAUCGAAAAUCACUACACCUGGACAUAUGGUCCAAUCGCUCUACUUGUCGUUGUGGUUAG